CACAGGCAAGAGCUCAAUCGUAUCGCGAACUCUCUAGAAUAAACAGACUAUUUUCAUCAUGGAUCGCUGGUUGAAUCGUGUUGCCGUCGUCACUGGAGCCAGUUCUGGCAUCGGAUCUGCCUGCUGCAAGGAUUUAGUGGCCAAGGGUAUGGUCGUUGUUGGCCUGGCCCGUCGCGAGGAACGACUUGAGGAGCUUAAGGCAUCACUGCCAAAAGAUCAGCAGUCGCGUUUCCAUGCCCGAAAGUGCGACGUCAGCGUUGAGCAGCAGGUGGUGGAUACAUUCGCUUGGAUUGACAAAACCCUGGGAGGCGCCGAUGUUCUUGUCAACAAUGCUGGCAUCCUUGGUAAAUUACAAAUCACAGAUCCAGACAACUCGGCCGAUCUACGCUCUGUUCUGGAAACCAAUGUCCUUGGAGUUUCGUGGUGCACCCGCGAAGCAUUCCGUUCGUUGCAGAGCCGCAAAGUCAACGAUGGUCAUGUGGUGAUCAUCAACAGCAUUGUGGGCCAUAAAAUUCCAAUCGUACCCGGAAUGGGCUUUAAGAUGUAUGCUCCUUCUAAGCAUGCUAUCACCGCACUCACCGAGGUACUGCGACAGGAGUUUCAGCAAAAGAAAACGGAGACGAAGAUAACUAGCAUUAGCCCUGGUGCUGUUGACACUGAGAUCAUUGACGCGAACAUCAGGGAAGUAAUGCCAGACUUCCCCAUGCUGCGUGCUGAAGAUGUGGCGGAUGCUGUGACGUACUGCAUCCAGACCCCACCUAAUGUGCAGAUCCAUGAGCUUACAAUCAAGCCAGUUGGCGAACAGUUUUAAUGAGGUAUUACCCAUCCAGACAGAUGGGUAAGAUGCCUGCAGUGCAGCAUAAUCCAACCGAGAGUCCAGCAAGCUACUCUGUGUAGAAGGCUGUGGGGGAUGGUAAACACUAUGAACACUCGAAGCAUUGGACUAUUAUUAUGGGCGACACUGGGAACUUCCUAUUCGGAGUAUUGAUUACUUUUAGAAUGAAUUCGUUUAAUAAAUAAAAUAAAUAUUUUAACUA